AUGUGGUCCCCUAAGAUUGCUGCCGCUGUUCUCGCCUUUGUUGGAGCUUCCAACGCUUGGGCUCCUCCCUCAUACUCCGGUUACAACCUUGUUUGGUCCGACUCCUUCGCCGGCAAUGGCGGUACUUCUCCCAACACUGGCAACUGGAACAUCAUCACCGGUUACCUGAACGUCAACGGCGAGCAGGAGACCUACUCCUCCAGCACCCAGAAUGUUCAGCUCAGUGGUGGAAACACUCUCCAGAUUGUCCCCUGGAACAACGGCGGCAGCUGGACCUCUGGUCGUCUCGAGUCUACCUACACCUUCACCCCUGCUGCAGGCAAGGUGACCGCUGUCGAGGCUUCCAUUCGCUUCGGUACCAACGCUCCGGCCAACCAGCAGGGCAUGUGGCCUGCUUUCUGGAUGCUGGGUAACUCCAUCCGUACUGGUGGCGGCUGGCCUUCUUGCGGUGAGAUCGACAUCAUGGAGGUGGUCAAUGACCAGUCUACGGGCCACGGAACCAUCCACUGCGAUGUCUACCCCGGCGGUAUCUGCAACGAGGGUAAUGGUAUCGGCGGCAGCACUGGCAUCAACGGCGGCAACACCAACUUCCACACCUGGCGUGUCCAGAUCGACCGUACGCCCAGCAGCUGGCAAUCCGAGACCAUCACCUUCUUCCUCGACGGUGCUCAGUACUUCCAGGUCGCUGGUUCUCGCAUCAACAACCAGAAUGUCUGGAACAGCCUUGCCCACAGCCCUCUGUUCAUCAUUCUCAACGUCGCUGUUGGCGGCAGUUUCCCCGGAAACACCAACGGCAACACCCUGGGUGGCUACGGCAGCAUGAUGGAGGUUGGCUACGUCGCCCAGUACUCCACCUAA